UGCAAAAAUAUCCCAAUUUUUUUGGAGGAAGAAGCAGAGAGAAAAAAUCAGGCAUCGCGUGAAAGUUGCAGAAAUUUCGUGAAAAAUCCGUGUUUGUGGGUGUUUUGGUGGAUCUUGUGCUACUCUUAGUGAAUUUGUGUGUGCUUUUGGGUGGAAAAAGUGUGGUGAAAAAAGGGUGAUUUACCUUUUCAAAGACGAUUUAAAUUCGCAUCCCAGUAGCAAUGUCAACUCCAGCUAGAAGACGUCUCAUGAGGGAUUUUAAAAGACUCCAGGAAGACCCCCCAACUGGAGUGUCCGGAGCUCCCACGGACAACAACAUCAUGAUCUGGAAUGCUGUGAUAUUUGGACCACAUGACACACCCUUCGAGGAUGGCACAUUUAAGCUCACGAUAGAGUUCACAGAGGAGUACCCCAAUAAGCCGCCCACUGUGCGCUUUGUGUCCAAAAUGUUUCAUCCCAACGUCUACGCUGACGGAGGCAUUUGUCUGGACAUCUUGCAGAACAGAUGGAGCCCAACGUACGACGUCUCGGCUAUUCUCACUUCAAUACAGGUACGUCCCCAUCUACCCCAUGCGACCUCCCCCCAGACACUUUAUCCUGAGAAUCACCCGAAGCACCCAAAUGACCUCAAUUCCCAUUCGAUCAUUCUUAUUUUUAUCCAAUUCUGUCAUUCUCAUGAGUCUUUCGUGGAAUCUCCAACAGUUCUCUUUGUCUCAGUGCACUUCCUUUUUUGGCAGACACACACGGUCAGAGACAUUAUUUCCUCUUCUGCCAAAGACCGUUAUCGAUCAAGCAUUUGCGUCAGGUUCUUCUUGUGUCCAUUCCACAAAUCCUGCCUCCCAAGAAACCUUCAAUGCACCUUCAAUCCUCGUUGAAUUCUUAAAAUUCUGUGUCUCAAUUUAGAACGGAAACAAGAGAGAAAGAGCUCGGAGUUGAUUGGUUGUUGACCUUCCAAUUUAUUGAUUUUUCAUUUUCUAGAGAUGAGUUCUUUUGUGGGUGUAGCAGAGUUGCUUUAUCGAUAGCAAGAAAAUUGAUUAGCUCACAAUAUUAUCAUCUUAAUAUUUCUGAUGAAAUUCCUCUAGAAAAUUAGCUGAAACUAAAAAACAAUGUUGUGAAAAAAUAAAAAAAAUCAUGAAAAUUUCGAGGUUAUGUCAGGCCUAACCUAAAAAAAACUCAAAAACUAUUAUAAAAAGUUGUAUUUUAAUUUAAAACAAUAAAAUUUACAAUAAAAAAACAGGAUAUUCCUAAAAAACUGACGCUUCCGGAAGGGACACUCGUGUCCAGCCUUCAUAAAAAAAACUCAUUUUUUAUUGUGGAGAAAUUACAAAAUAACCUCAAAUUAUGAAAAUUGAGGUUACGUCAGGCCUAACCUAAGAAAUUAAAAAAAAAUAUAUUGAAUUUCUAUAGAUUUCAAAUAAUAAAAUUUACAAUAAAAAAC